AUGCUGCAAGCAGAAAUUUAUAAUUUGCAGAAGCAACUGUCAGCUGUAAUUGCAAAUUCCUCCAUUGCACCACAGACUUCCUCUACAGUCACAUCAUCUGCUCCGCAGACUACUUCUACGUCCAUAUUAGUUGCACCACAGACUACCUCUACAGCCACAUUAUCUGCUCCGCAAACUACUUCUACGUCCACAUUAACUGCACCGCAGACUACCUCUACAGCCACAUUAUCUGCUCCGCAGACUACUUCUAUGUCCACAUUUGUUGCACCACAGACUACUUCUACGUCCACAUCUGCCGCACCACAAACUGCCUCUGCAUCUACAUUGAAAGGACCAUCUUCCACAGUAAAUGAUUUCAAAAAACGUCCACCAAGAUUCUCGAAGGUUCUUUUCCACUAUAAGAAUAAUAAAGAAAUAUAA